AUGCUCGCUGCUGUUGCUCAAUUUUGCGCCACUUCGGGUAUCCUUGCCAACAAACAAAUAUGCAGUCAGCUCGCUACGGAUGCCGCUCGUCAGGGUGCCAAAAUGGUAUUUUUACCUGAAGCCAGCGACUUCAUUGCAAGUUCAAAGGAAGAAGCUCUGGAUCUCACAACCAGCCUGGAAGCAUCUCCAUUGUUGCAGGGUCUACAACAAGUGGCCCAAGAACAGAAUAUAUGGAUUUCAGUUGGCGUUCACGAAAAGAGCGAUAAGCUUACCCAUAUUUAUAACACACAUGUUGUGAUCGAUGAUUUAGGCAAGAUGGUAUCGACCUACAGAAAAAUUCACUUGUUCAACGUCGAUAUCAAGGACGGGCCUCGACUGAUGGAAAGCGACAGUACACUCGCUGGCCAAACGAUCUACGCACCAUUGGAUACACCACUGGGUCGCGUAGGGUUACAGAUUUGUUACGAUGUUCGAUUCGCUGAGUUAUCCAUAACCCAGCGUCAACGCGGGGCUCAAAUCCUGACGUUUCCAAGCGCAUUUACAGUGAAGACCGGCAUGGCACACUGGGAACCUCUUUUACGCGCAAGGGCCAUUGAAACGCAGACUUAUGUGAUUGCGGCUGCGCAAAUUGGUCAACAUAACGCUAAACGAGCAAGUUUCGGUAACGCCAUGAUUAUCGAUCCUUGGGGUACGGUUCUGGCUCGCUGCGCUGACAGUGUCAAGCCUACUUUGGCAUUGGCACUCAUUGAUCUUGACUACCUUGAAAAGAUUAGACUCGAAAUGCCAGUGUUGAACCAUCGGCGUAACGACCUUUAUCCCAAACUUGCAUGA